AUGUGGGGGUGAAUUCACUUGCCACGUCAAGAACACCCCUGCCACGAGUACUUGGGAAAGUGGGAAACAUGAGACUGAAAUUCUGAUACCCGCCCUUCUACGCAUUAUGGCUCUUCUUCUUCUUUCUCUCACGCGAGCUCGCCGGAGGGGGUAUUUCUCGGCGAGAUACCAGCUUCGUCCGACCUCAGAUUGCCGGUAUUUUUGUUGCUAAAUGUUCUCAUCAUUCCCCUCUACAUCAAUCAGUGAUCAUCCACUCCGAUUUGCCAAUUUUCGCUGCGGAUUUUAGCUCCAAAAUUUCUUAAAAUUCCGGUCACUGUGAGUUUGACCGGCGAUUUGGGUUACUUCCGCCCAUCUUUCAGGUUUGUUUGUGCUUAAGAAAAAAAAAUCUCCAUGGAUGGUACGUUUGCGUGAGAGCUAUAGGAAGCGGGUUUUGUUAGAUCUAAGUGAGGAAAUGGGCCCAAUAAAAGGAAGAGGAAGAGGAAGAUGCAUAGGCCGCCGAGGUAGAAGUAGAGCCGGAGCUUUACCACAGCCAGAGGUUGUUUCAGAGGUUCCAGAAGAUUUUGAGCAGGAGCCGGAAGUUUCGCAUGGGGCAACACCUGUGCCUCCUGUACAGUUGGAUGUUCAUACGAUAAAGUUGUUUGCUGAGUUCUUACAGGCCAGAGGACAUGGAGUUGCUCAACCUGCUUCUGGGGAUCCUCCAUCGCCUGAACAUGUUGCUAAUUCUCGAUUGUGUGCAUUGAUCAUUGAGCUCAAGGCACUAGGAGCUCAACAUUUCUUUGGGGAGAGUGAUUUCAUGAUGGCGGAUUACUGGAUUCGUAACCUGAAGAACUGCUUUAGUAUAAUUGAAAUCACAAGUGUGGAAAAGAGGAAGGUAGCCGCUUUUCUCUUACAGGAGGAGGCUCGUGUGUGGUGGGAUACUGUGGUCAAAUCCAAGGAUGAGACCGAGAUGGAUUGGGAAGAGUUUGAGGCUCUCUUUUAUGAUAAGUACUUUCCUGAUGUUGUGAAAAAUGAGCUACAAUUUGAGUUCCUGGAACUUAAACAAGGGUCCCUAACUGUAAGGGAAUAUGAGUCCAGAUUUUCAAAGUUGCUUCGUUUUGCACCGGCGUUGGAUGAGGAGUUGACAGCUCGUCGGUUUGAGGAGGGAUUGGCUUAUCAUAUCGGCAUGUAUGUGGUUGCCAAGACACACAAGACCUUAGUUGAGGCGGUACACUGUGCCAUGGCAGUCGAGAAUACUAUUGAGCCGUACAGACUGUACCAGGAUGAACAAAGAGACUAUAAGGGCAAAGGGAAGACAUCAUCUCAGAGUAGCUAUGACUCUGGUAAACAUGGUGGUAUUAGAAAGAAACAGAGAACGACAACUCUGUAUGAAGACAUCACAGUUGCAUCUUGUCAACAGGGUGGGCUAGGGGAGUGUUACCAUUGUGGUGGAGUUGGACAUAUGGCUAGAGAUUGUAUUAAUCGCAGUGCUCGUGUAUGUUACACUUGCAGUCAGCCGGGGCAUAUUGCUAAAAAUUGCACUCAGGGGCAGACUUGAGUGUUCACUGGGUGGCAGAGAAAUGAGGAAGUGGAAGUUAUGUUGACUAUUGUUAAUAGUUUUGUUGAAGUGUUGUUUGAUACUGGAGAAUCAUGUUCAUUCA